AUGAGUUCAAAAUUUAUUAUUUAUUUUUUGGUUGAAUUAUAUAUUCAGAUGUAUAAAUGUUCAAACAUUCAGAUGGGAUUAAUAUUUAUAGAUGUUUUCUCAUUGUUAAAUAUUAAAUAUGAGAAUAAUAGUAACUCACAUAUAUCUGAGGGUACUAUUAAAAAAUUAUUCAGAAUAAGUAAUAAUAGUAAAUUAAUUAGUAAUAAUGAUAUUAUCUCUAGUACUUUAGAUUCAUUGGAAUAUAGAGAUAAUAACAAUUCUGAUAAAUAUAAUAUGAAUUAUAUAAAGUAUGAAAAUAUUAAAGAUUUUGAUAAACUUCUAGAAAAUAAAAAUUUUAAUAAUUUGAAACUAUUAUCUCCAAAUUAUAAUACAGAAUUGAAUAUCAAAAAUAUUACAGAUAAAUCAAUGAAUUUAAAGAGUUCAUAUAAUUUAGAAGAUAACUUUAAACCAAUAGAAGAAAUAACGUAUUUUGAUCAUAAUUAUUCUAUAUCUGAUAAUAUAAAUAUAAAUACUUCUAAUCUUAUAAAUAAUUCAUCUAAUAAAUUUAAAUUUUAUUAUAUUGGACCUCAAAAUCCAUCAUAUAAUUUUGAAUCUAAUUAUAAAAAUGAAUCAAAUAUUUUUGGAAUGCCAUAUGUAUAUUUGAUAAAAGAUAAUUAUAGAAAUGAAUCAUAUCCAGUAUGUGAAAUAAAAUCCUGUAAGAAGUUUAAUGAAGAACCUUUAAUAAAAGAAAUUAUUGAAUCAAAUAUAACUAAAGAGUUUUGUAAAUCUAAUGAUUUAAAUGGACUAUUUAUAUCUAACAAUAUUUCAGAUCUGAAUUCAAAUAAUAUCUUAAUAUAUAAUGAUAUAAAUAAUUCAAGAUUUGAAAUUUCUGAAAUUGAUCACAAUCAAAUAGGAUUUAGAAUGUUGAAACAAAAAGUUAAGAAGAAAAAGAAAAGUUUGUUUGAUAAAUUUAGAACAACUUUAAAAUGGUUUGUCUGUGCAGAAACACUUUUAGCUGGUUGUGCAUGCUGUUUAAUGAUUACAGAAACUUGUUUAAUAGCUGUUAGUGAAAAUUCAAAUAGAUAUGAUAUGAAUAUGUAUGAUCCAUAUGAUUAUGAUCCUUAUAUAUAUCCUCAUGAACCAAUUAGAGUAAAUAAUCCUUUACAAAAUAAAGAUAAUAUAUAUUUAGGUAUAAAUUCAAGAUCAAGAUAUGAGGAAAAUAAAUCACACCCUAUUGAAGGAUUAAGUUUACUGGAUAUAUUAGCUAAUAUUUAA